AUGUCAAACUGUGUUUUAAAUCCAACGGUGCCGGAUAGACUUUUUUGGCGGACCAGAUCUGGUAGAGAGGUUGAUUUUAGUGCGUCUGUGGUUUGGGAUGAUAUUCGAGUGGUGCGUGAUGAAGUUCCUUGGACGGGUAUGGUUUGGUUUUCUCAAGCGAUCCCUCGCCAUUCGUUCUUCAUGUGGUUACUGGUAAACAAGAAGUUAAAAACUCAAGAUGUGAUGAGAUCAUGGUGCGUGUCGGGCAAUGCUAAUUUUAACCUUCUAUGUUGUUUGCUGUGUACGGCUGGCCCGGAUUCUCACGAGCACUUGUUUUUCGAGUGCCAAUAUGCAUCGCAGGUUUGGAAUGGUAUUAAAGGAAAAGCUGGUAUGGAUACGGUUCAUAACUCUUGGGAUAGUAUCUAUGAUCACCUUGAACGGUAUGCUAAAUCAACGUCUGCCCGUCACAUUAUUGGGAAGCUUGUGGUUAGUGCAGCGGCGUAUUUUGUGUGGCAGGAGAGGAACCAACGUCUUUUCUCAUCUAGGAAAAGGAAUGCAAUCAAGCUUAUUGAGGUGAUUUUAGCAACGGUUCGGUUGAAACUGCAGUCUAUGCGAUUCAAGAGGACUAACCAGAUUCAUGGGAUUCUUCAGGAAUGGAGCUUGCCUCGCGGGUUGCUGAUGGAAGAUGAUGACUGUGGUUAA